UAGAAGGAUAUAAUGCAGUAGAUAUGCAGUUCUCAUCAUCCACUGAAUGAACCUGCUCAUUUGCAUUAUCAGAUCACGCGUAUAUUAUACUUACAUAUAGGUAAUAAUAUAGUUUGUGUUUUGAGAUGGGGUCUUUCGUGUUGUUGGUACUCGGAUUCCUCAUGAUAAAUGCUGGUCACACGGGACACGUAGGACUGAUAGUAGGACCUGGUGAACCUACAACAAUAAUUCAAGGUCCUGGAUCGAAGGCUUCUCUGCUUGGCCCAGACGGUAGUUACAUCUCAUCAGCGGUAGCAGGAGGAACUGUAGUCUCACCUGCCAAAGCCGGUGGAGUUGUAUCGGCAUCCGUAUCUCCUGGAUACGCGGCAGCGGCAGCACCUUUUGUAGCAGCAGUACCAGUAGCAGCUGCGAUACCUUCAGGACUUGGUGUCCACGGACUUGGAUUGGCUGGACUAGGAUUAGCUGCUGCCCCAGGAUCAGGACUCGAAGGACAAUACGUGCACGACAACACGGAGCUCCUCUAUGACGACGGUUCUUACAUAGACGGAGUACACGACGGUCUUUACUGAACCACAAUAUUCAUUUUGAAACCGAAAAGGGCUUUCAUGAAGCAAUAUCUUCGACACUGUAUUAUUGAUUAAUAGAAACAUAAGAAAC